AUGGCGUCCCACGAUCGGCGUUUGUCCCAUGAAGCGCGGCCUCUCUGGCUCAAGCGGCAUCUGGGCUCGAGGCGAGCCGGGAUGCCCUCGCCCAAGCUGGCGCGUCUGGCGCUCGCGCCGCUCGAGAUCCCGUCGGCCGCGCGGCCCUCGCAGCCGCAGUGCCAGCGGCUGCUCGCCAUGGACGGCUCUGGCUCUGGUCACCACCCAGACGAAGAUCUCCUGGACGACUCGGCCGCGGACUUCCUGCCCUGCACGGGCGCAGGCUCCAGCUUCCAGGCCGCGCUGCAGGGCGUCGCGGCCGAGCACGAGCGGGAGGUCCAGAGGCUGCAGACGAAGAUGGCGGAGCUCCGCGAGCUGGUGACCCAUCUGCAGUGGAAAUCCGUGGGGCAGGAGGUGAAGAGCACGAACGUGGAGGUCAGCGAUGUCCACGGCUCGCCCCUGGUGGUGAAGACGGUGAUGGCCAAUGGUCGGACGUUCAUGACCCUGGAGCCGCCAGAGCUCGACGUCCAUGACCCGGGGGGGUUUUGCACCCCGACGGAUUCCUCCAGCGAUGAUGACUCUGCCGGGAGCCCCGGCAACAAUCGUGCAUCAGGCAACAAGCGCGCGGUGAACCAGAACGGGCGUGCGUCUCUCUGCUCGAGCCAGGCCUCCUCGAUCCAGGUACGCAGGGCGACCAAAGAGCGGCCGGGCGACCGUCCCCGAGGCCGGAGCCUGAAGUACGACCCGUGGGAGGACGGCAACAUCUCCGAGGGGGGUGACGCGAAGUCGCCGCGCUUGAAGGAGUACAUCCCGCCGCUGCCCCCCGAGUCGGUCAGCCACAUGCUGGCACCAGGCAGCUGCUUGAGCACGAGGUCGACCACGGACAAGCAGACGGCGCGGGGCAGGCACGAUCCCGAAGGCGUCGAGAGCAGCGGCAACGGCAUGAGCCAUGGCGGCCAAGCUGGCACGGAGAAGGAGCAGCAGGAGCUGCUCCUGCAGAGCCAGCAGGACGGCGACGGCAGGAGCGAGUCGCGCUGCCAGAGCGAUGGCACCGCCGACGGCGGCGGCAAUCACAAGUCCCGGGGGCAGACCACUCUGCAGACGUGCGAUUCUGAGGGGCUGCGCCGUCGCACGGUCGACGACCGGACGUCGCAGAGGCUGGCGAGGGAGGUGCUCGAGUACGAGACGAAAGGUCAAAGACUCUGGCGCGAAAGGCAGUCCCUGCAGAGGUCAAAGAGCGUGGUGGAGGCCAACGUCCGACAAUGCACUUUCAGGUUGGAGCAGCUCGUUAACCACUGGUCUUUCGAUUUUGCUUGCGGGCUGGUGAUCAUCAUCAACACCGUCCUCAUUGGCUUGAGCACACAGCACGUGGCAGAGAAGGGAGGAGACAAGGUCGAGUACGAGAUCGCCGGCUUGAUUUGCAACGCGUUCUUCUUGGUGGAGCUGAUCUUGCGGCUUCGGGUAAUGGGGAUGAGGUUCUUCACCGUCGAGGGUUGGCGCUGGAACCUGUUCGACAUGUUCCUGGUGGUGUUCUCCAUCCUGGACGCGGUCAUCCAGUACGGCUACAAUGCGGACGCGGGAGCCGUCGGGCAGAGCAUGAAGACGAUCAAGAUGUUGCGAAUUGUGAGGGUGUUCCGUGUGUUCCGUUUCUUCACAGAAUUGCGGAUCUUGGCGUUGAUGAUAUUGGAUUCUUUCAGGUCUCUUGCGUGGGCCCUGCUGAUGCUGAUUAUCAUAAUGUACGUCUUCGCGAUCUGGUUCACCCAAGACGUCGCCAGCCACAUCGUCAAGGUCAAGAACGAUGGGUUGCCCGUGGACCCUGUGCUCACGGAGUUCUUCGGGAACCUUUUGCUGACUCUGUCCAGCCUGUUCCACGCGAUGCUCAAUGGUAUCAGCUGGAUCGAACUCACCAACGGAUUGAAAUACUCGCCACCGAUGCAGGCGCUGUUCUUCUUCUACGUGUCCUUCACGCUGCUGGCCGUGCUGAACAUCAUCCGUUUGCUUCCGAAGCAGAUCGAGCAGAAGCAGAAGUGGUUGCAGGAGAUGAAGGAGCUCUUCCAGGAGAUGGACAAGGAGGGGUGUGGCAGCAUCAGCCUCGACACCAUCCAGGAGUUCCUGCAGGACGCCCGCGUUGAGUCCUACUUUCAGGCGCUGGGCCUGGAGCCGCACGACACCGAGCGACUGUUCGACCACCUAGACGACGACAACUCGGGGGAGGUGAGCCUGGACGAGUUCCUGCAGGGCUGCCUGCGGCUGAGGGGCCAGGCCCGCAGCAUCGACGUUUACUCGGUGAUGCACGACGUCAGGUCUCUGACCACCAAGUUCGAGGAGUUGAUGGACAGCCUCCGCGUGGUCGGUCGGCUGGCGUCGGAGCACAGCAACGCGCGCCAGAAUUUAUCGGGUGCCGCGUUCUCGAAGCAGGGGACGGUCACAACGCUGCCAGAGCCCGUCGAGGAGGCCGAGAUGCCUACGGUGAUCCAGAGGUCCACGAAGCCCGCGCUCAUGGCCGACGGCAAGGGCGACCAGAGCUGGACCAGCGCAUCGGCCGACGUGAUCAAGGGCAUCGUGCGCUGCCAGGACGAGCUGUGCUGCCACCACUGGCAGCUCUACCUCGCCACGCACCCCGAGCUCACGUAUGGUGACUGGGAGAACAUGCUCUGCCUUGGCCGCGUGCGCGAGUUCAUCGAGCACGGUGUCGGCGUGCUGUACGCGAAGACGCAGAUGGGAGAUGUGGUGGGCUAUUUGUCGUUCUCCAGGCUCAACUCGGAAGCAGAUCCGACCUCUGGCGGCCAGGGCGCCGGCGCCUUCCUGAAGGUCAACCACCUCGUGGUGUUGGAGCGGCACCGCCGCGCAGGCGUGGGCAGGCUCCUGAUGACCGAGUUCCUGCACAAGGUCGGCGUCCGCAUCGACUCCGGCCCCGCAGGUCCAACCACCGACCCCGAGGCGGACGUUGGCGUACAGAUCAUCGCGGCGGAGCUCAACGAGGGGGCAAUAUCCUGGUACCGCAGCAUGGGCUUCCGGGCGAUGAACCUGCACACGAAGGAGUGCGGGGAGCGCAAGAUCUGCUACCUCGAUCUGCGACGGUGCUGGGGCAGCGCGAAGGUCUCCGGGGGCACCGACCUCGUCCCGUCCUUCUGCGGGCACCGCAGGAGGCUGUUCGGCGAGGAGCUGUGCGGCGAGUUCGUGCAGCCCCCACGGCCCGACGGCCAGCAGAGUGCGCGCCAGCCCUUCCGUCGCGUGACCGCCUACGACGCGGAGCGCGGCCUCCACCGCCUGGACGGCCCCGACGGCGAGCUCGCGGACCUCUCCGCGCAGUUCGCCAGCGCGGGCGGCCUGUGCCUCGGGCGCGCCCCGCAGCGCGCCGCCCGCUCCGCGAUGGGAGACACCACCGCGGCGGAGCAGGUGCAGGGGACCUGCCUGGUCGUCGGCGCCGCGAUGGUCUUUGCGCUCGUUGCGCUGGUGGUGAAGGCAGGCCUUCCGGGGGCCCAGAAGCUGUCAGAGUCGGCCGGGCUCUUCGUCAUUCUGACUGCCGUCUGCCGGGUGGACCCACUGCCGCUGCUCCCCGCGACGCAGUGCCGUUUCUUCAUCAGCUGGCUGGUGUCGAUCGCGUUCAUGCUCGCGUACCGGAAGGAGCGCGGCCUCCGCUGGUUCGGCCCUGCCAGGCUUCGGUGGGCCCUCGUGCUCAAGGGCACGCUCUCCUUCACGUUCAUCACGCUGUGGUGGGGGGCGCUGAGGCGCGCUCCGAUGGGCAACUGCAUCGCCAUCAUCUACUGCAGCCCCGUCCUGACGUCCCUUUUCUCCCGCGCGCUCCUCGGGGAGGCGCUCCCCAGGGAGUUUGCGGCCCAGACUCUGCUCGUCUCCUGCGGCGUAGCCCUCGUGCUGGACCCCCCGUUCCUGCACCGCGGCGGGGCUGGUCCGGGCGACGGGGCCGCGAUGCUGCGGGACUACGGGCCAGUGUUCCUUGCCCUGCUGGUGUGCGCGAUGGUGCCCGUGGCGACGAAGGCCACGCGCGACUGCAGCUGGAUCGAGGUGGAGCACGUCAACGCGUGCCUCGCCACCUGCGUGUAUGGCCCGUCGCUGAUGUUGGCGCAGCACGCCCUCGGCGGCGCGGCGCCGCUGCUGCCGGCCGGGGCCGACAGCGCCUGGCAGAGCAUGCUCAUCGUGUUCGCGGCGCUAGGCUCGUUCGUUGGCAUCGCCAUGGAGACGAAAGGCUACCAGCUGGCCGAGGUCGGAAAGGCGACCAUGUUCAGGUACGUCGAGGUGCCAACAGGGGAAUCUGGAGUCGCGGAGGGCCCCCUGGAGAGAAGGGCAGGGACCGCACCGAUCCUCAUGCCCUAA